AUAAGCAAGAGAGGAAGGGGGCAGCAGGAAGAGGGUGAAAUAGAAAUUAAUAUGAAAAGAGGAAGGAGACAUGUUCAAAUGCUUUAUUUGAGAAGAGAUUUGAUCAGGACAAGAUGUUAAGAUCAAGUCUCCUGCUUCUCCCGCUCUUCCACUCCACGUACUGCAUGCUGCUGGGAUGGGUGGAGUCUCCAGGUUAUCCCAAUGGGUACUUACCUCAUGCUAGUCUAAAUUGGAGCAGGUGCGCCCCCAAAGGUCACAGCCUCUCCAUAAGGUUCAUCCACCUGGACCUGGAGGACAGUAUCGACUGUGAAAAUGAUGCAGUGAAGAUCUUUUCAAAUGGAAACUUAAUUUCCGUUUUGUGUGGCACAAAGGAAUUUGAGGAGCUUCAGUCCACUGUAAAUCCUGCGCUUUUCUCGCCCCCGGGUGGCUGCCUCGCCCUUUCGUUCCACUCGGACUACUCAAACAUAAAGAGGCACACCGGCUUUAGAGGCUUUUAUACAACCCAAGACUAUGACGAAUGCAAGGAUAACGAAAUCAACCAAUGCACCCAGUUCUGUCACAACUUCAUCGGAGGGUACCACUGCUCCUGUCGCCACGGCUACCACCUGGAUGUGGACAACCACACUUGCACUGUGAACUGCAAUAAGGACCUGUCAGGAAAGAGCAACGGUAUCAUAUCCAGUCCUUCCUGGCCCAACUCGUAUGCAGAGAACGCAAACUGCCAGUACACGCUGCUCGUCGACUCCCAGUCUCAGGUGGAGCUCGAAUUCUCGGACGUUUUUGAUGUGGAACAAGGCCCCAAUGGUCAAUGCAUAGAUGCACUGAGAAUUGAGACUCCCUCUGGGACUCUGGGACCGUUCUGUGGCAACACGCCUCCCGAAUCGCCAUUUCUCACUCACGCAAACAAGCUCACAAUCCGUUUCACCACUGACGACUUUGGCACCAACAAAGGAUUCCACCUCAACUUCAGGACCAGAGAUAAGGUCUGUCCAGCAGUGGUGACCUCACACUCCACCGUGACUCCCAAGAAAGCAGAAUAUAAUCGUGGUGAGGAAGUGAAGGUCACUUGUGAAGAGGGCUAUGUUGUAAAUGAUGAUAAAGGCAUCCAUGAUGUGAAAUCAGAGUUCAAUGCAAUGUGCCAUAGCACAGGUGUAUGGACUCCCAGCUACACCUGUGGAUUGGUCAAUUGUGGACUUCCUGAUAUACCGGAAGAUGGUAUUCUUCAGUUGGUGGGUUCAGAUGACCCACAAACUCAAUAUAAAGACCAGAUCCAGUUUAGCUGCAGCUCAAAGUACUACACGCUGGAAGGAGAUGACACAUUCCUUUGCGGUGCCAGUGGCGAAUGGAUAUCAACUAACGGAAAUGCAGAGUUUCCAAAAUGUCUUCCAGUGUGUGGGCAGCCUGAAACACUGAUAGCAGGUACAGGAAGAAUUUUGGGAGGUCAGGAUGCAAAACUGGGAGAAAUACCAUGGCAGCUAUUCAUAAAAGAGCCCAGCAGAGGAGGAGCAUCCCUGAUAAAUGAUCAGUGGGCUGUGACAGCGGCUCAUGUUGUGGAUGGGCAUGAGAACAGCCCUUUGAGUGUCUUUGGUGGACUGAUAGAUAAAACGACAACAAAUGCCCCAAGCGCACCUUCCUUGAUCACUAACAGGAUCAUAAUUCAUCCUGGCUACAGAAAGGGGAUCACUGGAAGUGCACGCACUGAUUUUAACAAUGAUAUUGCUCUUAUAAGAUUCACCUCCAGAAUCACAUUAGGCCCAAACCUGCUUCCCAUUUGUCUGCCAGAAGAAGACAGUGAUGUGCUGGAAAAUGAACAAGGUACAGUGUCAGGCUGGGGGGUGACAGAGAAAAAACAGUUAUCAGAUGUUUUAAAAUAUGCUCAUGUUUCAGCCUACUCACGCAGAGAGUGUGAGAAAACACCUGUCACUUCACGUGGGAACUCCAUGAUUUUCAGUAAUAACAUGUUCUGUGCUGGAGACAGCGGGAAGGACAGUUGUAAAGGAGACAGUGGAGGUCCUUUUGUUUUGCCCAUGUUGUCUUCUAGCAGUGGGCCUUACUAUCUGACUGGGGUUGUGUCAUGGGGAGCUCGCUGUCUGAUUCCCCAACGAGACUCAACUGCAAUAGUGAACAAGGGUUAUUAUACCAAGGUAGGGAAUUAUGUGAAGUGGAUUAAGCAGACAAUAGAGAGAGUAGAGGCAGAAGAAUCAGAGAGAAAGUAAAAUAAAUGAUGAAGAAAACACUCUGUUAUAUACGAUAAUAAAAUCAUUUUCAGGGCUGAUUCACAUUUUAAAAAAUUACUUUGCUUAUAAAAUAAAGACCGCAACCUUAUAAUCAAAUGUACCAAAAUAAAUAACACAAUCAGAACAGCUUGUUAUUUCUACAUUGUUUCCUAUUAAAGAGAAAUGUUUGCAAAUCA